AUGGGUAGGGCGGGACCUCGCACAAAUCUUGGCCCCGCCUCUUCUGGCACCCCAAGGCAUUCUGGGAAUCCCUUGUGGGCAGUCUCAGCACCCUGUAGGAUCCCAGUUAUGCUUCUACCGUUUCUGGGCGCACAAAGUCUCCCCCCCUCGGAGCUCCACCCCCUGAAAGACCGCAGUGUGGCCCCAGCAGAGAGCACACAGCCAGCUGGAAUGGCCCCCGGGACCCUGAGGCCCCCCUCCCAGGGGUCAAUAACAUUGAAGGAUGUGACCUUGGACUUCACCCAGGAAGAAUGGUGCCUAUUGGACCCUUCUCAGAAAGCACUGUACCUGGAGGUCCUGCUGGAGAAUGUGCAGAAUCUAGUCUCUGUGGGGCUUCCAGUUCCUAGAGAAAAUUUUAUAUCCUGUUUUCAGCAAGGGAAAGCACCAUGGCUGCUAAAGCAGAAAGGUCCAAGGAGCCCCCAUCUAGAGGCAGAGACUAAUAUUGAAGUGAAGGAGUUGUCUACAAAGGACUUUCCUGUGAGCAUGACUAGGGGUCCCUAAUGGCGAAGACAGAAUAGCAAGCUAAAUGGAGCAACCAAGUGAAAUAGGCAAGGUGUGCAGACUGGAACCAAAGAGGGA